UUCCUGGAAGACCCACCUUCGUACAAAUCUAUCUGAAAGAGAUUCAAGACGAAAAAUGGCUUCCAGAGUCAGAGGGUGCUCUUGUCUAGUCACCCUGGUCCUCUUCUUGCUCUCCUCAAUGGCUUCUCUUCAGGAAGCCGUUGCGGCCGGAGAGUGUGGGAAAACGCCUAUAAGCACCGCCGCGGCGAGCCUGAGCCCGUGCCUGAGCGCGGCUGGGAAUGCAAAGGCCAAGGUGCCGCCGGCUUGUUGCACCAAAGUCGGCGCGCUCAUCACGACCGCACCGAAAUGCCUCUGCGCCGUUCUUCUGUCUCCUCUGGCCAAGCAGGCUGGCAUCAACCUCGGAAUCGCCAUCACCAUCCCCAAGAGGUGCAACAUCAAGAAAAGACCCGUUGGAAAGAAGUGUGGAAGGUAUACCCUUCCAUGAGAAUGACGCAAUCCUGGCUCGAAGAUCAUGCGCAGGCUGCUCAGCUUUUUGGGCAAAAAGCUUGGAACUGCUAGAUAAAGUAUCCAUAUGUGGAGGGCUUGCAUUAUUAUUAUCAUCAUCAUCCAUCCGUUUGUCUCAGUAGUUAAAUAUAUCAUCUUCCCCGUCUAUUGGAGACUUUGAACUUCACUCCACCCCACUUUCAGAUGUCUCAUCAUUUUACAAGUUAAUUCAAUAAAUUGGUCUAACAAUAUUUAGUUUUCUCGCGAA